GUGCUAGAAAGGAUAGAGAGAAGUGGGGGAAGCGGGUGUUUUUUUCCUGACUUCUAUCCAGUUUGGUCCCACGGACAGAUUUUGCUUUCAUUUUGGUUUAUGGUUUUUUAAUUGGUUCCAUGGUGAUGGAAGAGAGAGAAGAGAUCCUUCUCUUGUGGAAUUCCAAGGCAACCCUCUUCUCUGGCAGAAUCUAUCUUUUUCUACAUAAUUAUCUAUCUCCCCCAGUGUUUUUUCUUCUUUCUAUCUGAAAUACCACUUUUAUUUGUUUUCUUUUUUUAGGUUCUUUUUUCUUUACAACUUUUACUGGUAUUUCAUGUUGUAAGAAAGGAAUGUUAAUUGUUAUAUUGUGGUGGUGGUGGUGUUGGCAUCUGAAUCUGAGCUAAAAGUUUGGUUCUUUUAUGGGGCAGGUAAGGGGGUGGAUAGUGGUGAAAUUUUUGUGUUGUUAUCAGUAGCUUAAUUUGUUAUAACUUCUGGGAUAUCGAUUAUUGGAGUAAAGAUUUGGUUUUCAUGGGGUGCUGUGGUUCUGGAUGUUAGCAAACAUUUGUGUUUGUUAGAGCAAUUAUUCAUGAGUUCUUGUUUGUUGUUUAUGGUGUUCAGUCAAAAGAUCUGUUUUUUUGAGGUGGGGUGAUCUUUGGAUGUUGGUAGAGUUCUAAAUUCUUCUUAAGUGACUGCUUUGGAUGGUUGAAUUGAUCUAAAAGACUUGUUUGUUGCAAGUAGGUUGAUUCUGGGUGAUUGUGUUUCCUCUGUGAGAAUUUUUUCCAAUUGCCAUCUGGGGAUCAAUUGUUUGGUCUGUAUUGAAUUUGGCUUGAAAGGAUGCAAAGGGAAUGUUUUGACGGUGGAAGAACCAGUUUUUUGAGUGGAAUUUUGUGGUGAAGGAUUGGAAAGGAUGAUGAGAGGAGGAAAAGAUGAGGCAAAGGUGAUGAGUCCUAUGUUUCCUAGGCUUCAUGUGAAUGAUACAGAGAGAGGAGGGCCCAGGGCACCUCCAAGGAAUAAAAUGGCUCUCUAUGAGCAGCUUAGUAUCCCUUCCCAAAGGUUCAACUCUGGAUCACUACCCGUGUCGCCUCUUCCCCCAAAUAGUAACAGCAGCUUGGUUCCUUCAAUAUCAUCAAGCCAUGGUGGUGGCAAUGGAAGGAGUAUGUUUAUGCCAUUCGGCAACUCCCCCGAAUCUUCAAUUUUGGCUGAGAAGUUUCAUUCUUAUUCCAUCCCUGGGAUUAAACUAAAUACCAUGAAAGGAAAUCAAGAAAAAAAAUCCACAAAAGCUACAGAUUACCAGAGUUUGGAUACCACACCACCAAUCCCAGCAAUUUCUAAAAGCAAUCCAUUGCAACCACUCCAUUUCUCUAACUUUAAGAAAUUUUCUUUAAGGAAGCUAGGACACGAUGAUGACCUUAGGGUUCCUACAUCUGUUCUGUCUGGAAGAGAUCGAAAUUGCAGUCGCAGUAAGCAGAGUGGAGGCCAGGAAAAUUUUUCUAAAUUGAACUUGAACUCUUCAAUGCAACUUCAAACUGCUAACGAAAAGCAGAUGAAGGAAAACUAUUCUGUAGAUCAAAAGUCGAGAAGAUAUUUUGGGAACGAAGCUGAGGAGAAUGGAAGAUUAUCUCGAAGUAGUCAAGACCUCAUGGAAAGGUCUAAUUCAGUUCAGUCAACCAGAGAUAAAAUCCUGGCAGACACAUCAUCUGACCUGCCAACCAAAAUCAAGAAUUCAGAAUCAUUAAAACGACCACAUGCUUUCUUGAACCAAGAAAAUAAAAGCAGCUCAGUAAAUAUGGUGAACAGUGUAGAUGGUCCAAAUGCACUGUUGCUUCAAGAGUGUGUGGCUACGCAAGACAAAAUGAUCUUCAGGGAAAAUAUUUUGGUGGAAUCUGGCAGGUGCCGGGAAAAUACUUCCAAGGUGAGAAAUGAGUCUUGUUUGAGACAAUCACUUGGAGUUGAUAAUGGAAGUCCAAAUGUGCUUGAAAACACAAGUAAAGCCCAUGAAGAAAAGAAGUGUGGGGCUAUGGAAGUUGGGGUUGUUGGCGGGCAUAAUAAUGUCCCAGAUGCCGCCACGGUGGAGUCCAUAUCUCAUUUGGAUAUAUGCCCUGAUGAUGUCGUGGGAAUAAUAGGUGAAAAACAAUUCUGGAAAGUAAGAAGAGCUAUGGUCAACCAACAAAGAGUCUUUGCUGUGCAAGUCUUCGAGUUGCAUAGACUUAUAAAGGUUCAGAGGUUGAUUGCUGGGUCACCACAUAUGUUGUUUGAAGAUACCUUUUUUAUGGGCAAACCAUCUUUAGAUGUUUCUCCCAUCAAGAAGUUGCCAUCUAACUAUGUUCUUGAACCGCCAUUGAUUGUUAAAGUCAAAGAUAGUUCUCAAAAACCAAAUAUUAGCAUUGAAUGUGCAGAUGAGAAUGCGGUUGCAAAGCUUCCUCUUCCUUCUGCCAAUGAUGAUACCAGCAAAGGACUUGUUGCACUGCAACCUAAAUAUGGGCCUUAUUUAGGAAAUGCCUUGUCAACACCUUUGGCUGCCAAUACCAGGACAUCUCCUUGGUGUUUCUCUCCAUUUGGAAGUCAGUGGUUAGUUCCUGUAAUGUCUCCUUCUGAAGGUCUUGUUUACAAGCCCUACGCAGGUCCUUGUCCUCCAACUGCAGGCUUUAUGGCCCCAGUUUAUGACAGCUGUGGUCCUGUGAACCUAGCUACAGGAGGUGGGGACUUUCUGAACACAGCUUACGGUGUUCCAGCUUCUCACCAACAAGGAAUUGGAAUUCUUCCUGGAAACUCUGCUAUAGGUCAGACCUACUUUCCACAUUAUGGCAUGCCAGUUAUGAAUCCAUCUGUAUCUGACUCAGCAGUUGAGCAGAUGAGCCCGUUUAUCGGAGUCCAGCUAAAGGGCAAUCAGUUAUCAACAGGUGAUGUAAACUUCACCAUAGCUCACCAGAGUUCAUGCAACAUGUCAAGUCAGGUGAGUCAAGCAAUCUCAUAUUGUGUUGGAAAAUUGCCUGCAUCAAAAGAGAGCGAAAUACAGGGAAGCACAGCAAGUAGUCCCUCUGAAAGGGCUAGAGGGGAUGCGCUUCCUCUUUUCCCUACAGAACCUACAAUUCAGGCAUCUGAUCACAAUGCUCGGUCUAGUGGGCAGCAAACACGGGUGAUUAAGGUUGUACCACAUAACUCCAGAUUAGCGACUGAAUCAGCAGCUCGAAUCUUCCAGUCUAUACAAGAAGAAAGGAAACAGUACGAUUAGUUUUUGUAUCUAAUGAGACUGCGUGGCAAAUGACUGUAUUCUUAUUAUUUUGUCAAAUAUUUGAUGUUUUGUACCAGUAAUUCUUAUAUGCUAAUAACAUGUACAUAGGCAACAUAAGGUUGCAAAACAAUCAACUUCUGCUUAAUUGUAAUCAUGCUUGCUUCUAAGUUUUAUGUUUUA